AGCUAUACCUCUAGUUAUAGAAUUUUUUAAAUAGUUAGGUUACACAGAAUUACCUUGCUAUUCAGUGUCUGCCUCUUUGAAGAACACUAUACAGGCCAGAAACAUGCAUAACUUACAGUAGCAGAAAUAAACUGGGGGAAAACCCAACAACAUUGUCUUAUUUUGUACCUUUCAAAUAUUUUGAUCUUUUAUGAUGGUGUCCUUAAAGCCUUUAGUAGCUACCUCUGUUUCUUUGCUCCUGCAGUUCUGCUAUAAUUAAUAGGAGUGGUACUGUUUUCCCCCCUCCUGGUAGAAACUAUUGUGUUUCCCCACAUACGAUUAUAAUGGGACUCGCAUUAGGUGUUUUUACUAGUUGGCUAAUACAGGUACAUGGAUGACUAGCAGAAAUUUCCCAGUGUUGACCCAUGAUCUGUAACAGAAACAGAACAGUGCCGUUUUAGUACUAGAUUGCUUACCUAGAUUUUAGACAAACAGCAUUUUAUAAUAAAAUAUGUCUUAAUAGAAAGCACUGAGGUUUUUGUUACAUGGACAGAACUAGGUAAAAUGUUUAAUAGAGUGGCAACUCGACCAAGUAGCUGCUCUUUAUUGUAUAGCCAAUCUGUCAAAGGUUUAUGAAGCUUUUAGUAAAAUCAUAUAAAAUGGUAGUUUUACAGUAACUAUUUGUUCUGCUUUCCAGAUUUAUGGUAUUUUCUACAUUUUUAGCACAAUUUAGACUCCAAAAUUCACAGCAUAUUUUGAAGGCAAAAUUCUUUGGCAUCAGCAGGAGCUUCUGUUUUUCUCUGAUGAUUUGCAGUCAUUGGGGUUACUAAGGACACGGAUUAUGCAGGGUUUUUCAUUCCUAUCAAGCAGCUUUGCUGAAAAUGACAAAGAUUUAGGAGAAACUCAUAGCUUGUCUUUUUGUUGUUGUUGUUGUUGUUUUGUUAUGUAUAUUACUCUGAUUUAUCUGAGAUGCAAAAAUAUUGACCCAGGAGCUUUCUCGGGAUGAUGAGGUCACACAGACAUGCAGUCGAACACGCACAAGAGUUUUCUUAAGCUGCAUGAGUCAUCAGGAGCUGCAGUGAAUCUAACUCUUGUGACUCCAGAAAAAGCCAUCAAGCUAGCUGCCAAUGAUUUCUUCCGACAUCAUCUUGCUGCAGAUGGGAAGAAGCUGUCGCUACUGAAGGAAAUGCUGGCUGGCUGUGGGGCAGGGACCUGCCAGGUGAUUGUCACCACCCCCAUGGAGAUGCUCAAAAUCCAGCUGCAGGAUGCAGGCCGAAUUGCUGCUCAGAAGAAACUUAUGGCAGCACAGGCCCAGCUAAAUCCUUCGACUGGUGCUGCAGCAGCAGAGUCAGUCGUGGAAACAAGAACCACAGCAAUGCAAAUCACGAGGGAACUGCUCCGGAGCAAAGGCAUUGCCGGACUUUAUAAGGGACUUGGAGCUACGUUGCUAAGGGAUGUACCUUUUUCCAUUGUUUAUUUCCCACUGUUUGCAAACCUGAACAAACUGGGACAGAAGACCCCUGAUGUAAAAGCUCCGUUCUAUGUGUCCUUUCUUGCUGGAUGUGCAGCAGGCAGUACAGCUGCGGUAGCAGUUAAUCCUUGUGAUGUAAUCAAGACGCGACUGCAGUCCUUGCAGAGGGGAGUCAAUGAAGACACAUAUUCAGGGAUAAUAGACUGUGCCAGGAAAAUCUGGAGGAAAGAAGGUCCCACAGCCUUUUUGAAGGGGGCAUAUUGCAGAGCCCUGGUCAUUGCCCCACUCUUUGGUAUUGCACAAGUGGUUUAUUUCAUCGGCAUUGCUGAAUACAUCCUAGACAUGCUUCCAAGGCGCCGGGAUUAACCUCCCUCACACCUCUUCCCAUCCAGUUGGAAUUCAUCGUAGUAUUUUUUUUUCCUUUUUUGCCAUCGUGGUGUCAGCAACAUCACAAAGGGUUAAAGCGGUAACAGUGGGAAUGAAUAUUGUCUCCAAAGCAAGUUAUUUUUCCUCUUUUCAACAUGACCCCCUCCAUUACCCAGGGAAGAUACCUAAUUAUGCAUAUCACUAUUUAAAUUAUCAGUCUCAAAGACACUGACUAGCCCAGGUCUGGUGUUUCUCUUGGUAAGGGGAAAGUGAACCACCCAUGUCCUCUGAAUUACUACUCAGUCAAGAUGAAGCAAGAGAACUUAUUUUCCCACCCUCAUUCUUGAUUAUCAGGCCUCUGGAGAAGAGAAGGGGCAGGUACCCAUUAAAAGGGAGGCCAUUUUGUCAAUUGAAAAGGCAGGUAAUUAUCAAAAUCAAAAUUUUUGUUUUUAGAUGGGCCUCCUAAGCAUUCUUCCUUCAGUUUCAUUGGACUUAAAUGAACUCUUUGGACAUCAAAGGAGGGUGAAAAGGGAACAGUGAAUCUUCUAUUUUGAUUUUAUGAAAGGGACAACCUUCCUAAGUGGGUGUGCUUGGGCAGAACAUAUUCUCUGCGCUUGUGUACUCAGUCUCCAGGGAGCAUGUCUGUGGCAACAUGGUGCUGUCCAGUGUCAUGAACUAGCUGUGAACUAUUGUGGCAUGGGAAGAAGUGAAUAAUUUUGGGAACAAUUUUUAUUUUAUUUUAUGCUGGGAGGAAACCCAACCUAGUAAUACAUUCCUUUCAAUAAGCCUGAGUGAUGUUUGUAAUGCUGCUGUCCUGCCCUGGUGUUUUGACUGUCUGUGUCUUUUGACUGGUGCCUAAAAUAAGUAAAUUCCUCCCAUAUUUCCCUCUUGGGAGCCCAGAUAAUGCCAAAGGGUAAUUUAGGAACAGCUGAUCUCUGUUGUGGCUACCAUACAGUACGUGGUACAGAGAAACUUCACCCAGUUGAAAUCAGUAGAAAUCAUCCUGCACAUUUCUGGAGGUUCAGGGAUGCUGGAGUCAAAGGAAAGAAUCUGUUUUACAACAGCUGGCUUUUUUCUUUUGAUGGGACUCCACUCCAGUGAACUUUGCGGGGGGAUAUAGCUAUUUUUCUUGUCCAAGCUAAAACUGGCAGCUGAGACUGGUUUGUGUGUUUUUUUCAGAGUUUGGAAAAAUUACUUUUUGAACUACAUCACCCAGAAUCCCCCAGCUAACAUGGCCAAUGGAUAUGCUGGCUGGAUAUUUCUGGAAACAUUAAUCCAAAGGAGUAACUUAAAAAUUCUGCUCUUUAACAGAGACUUCCAGAGGCUCUGCCUUUGAAGGAAUAUAUAUAUGAAUACAGUGUGCGCAUGUGCGUACACAUACACACAUAUAUAUAUUCCUUCAAAGGUAGAGCCUAGUUUUCCUUUAUUCUUUUCAACAGUUGCUUAGAGAUAGCUUUACUUUGCUGGAAAAAUAUCAAAGGCAGUUCUGAUUCAGGCCUUUUGUUUCACUGGCUUCUGCCUUUUUUUAAAAAAAUGUUAUUGCUCUUAGUAAUAUUGGUUUCCUGCUUCUCAAGGCUGAUACAGUGCUGCUUAAAUUUCCAACAUUGUAGGGCAUUUUUAAAAACUUGCUCUUAAUAUUUCCCACACUUUUGCUUAUAACUUGUCUCUUGUUUUUCAUGUUUCUCUGCUUCUGUAGAUUCCUUUAAACGACAUUUUGUGCAUUCAUUCCAUAGAAAAGAAUUUUAUAUACAGAUGGCAUCCCUGUUCAUAACUGCCCUUGGUAAUAUCUUAAAUGAUUUCUAAAGUUCGUGUCAUUGUUGGAUCAGAGAUAUUUUUUAAUGUAGCAUUCUCUUUGUUUUUCCAGAUCAAGUGAUUAGCCCCAACCAGAACAGACUUACUGAAUUAAUAGAAUUUACAUAAAUGUUGACUAACGAUCCAGUUGAUUCAAUGGCUCUAAUCUAGCUGGGACUAAACUGGAUUUAGCUCCAAGUUUGUAAAUAAGGCUUGUUAGGUUUACAGGGUUCUUUCCUUAUAGGUCUUGAAAAAUCAGAUGUCACCUGAUGGAAGGCUGAUUGUAGGGACUGCAGAUGAUGACUUAAAAAACAAAAGAGAGAAAUUGCUAGGACUGGUUUAUAACAGAAGCUAUAUCUGAUAAUUUAAUUUGAAUUACUUCAUGCUGCUUUCUGAUCAGAAGUCCUUGCUCACCUUAGCACCUAAACAGUAUUUAAAAUAUGUUUUACAAUCUUUCUCACCUGGAUAAUUAAAUGUCACUUUGAAGGGAGAUGGCCUUUAGGGCUCACUGUCACUGCCACCAAAAGUAACACUGGAUUUGCACUCACUUUAGAAUCACUGUUUGGCUAUCAAAACCAGAUGCAUCAACAGUGUUGUCUUUUUGUAUUUCUGAAACUGUAAUCAAACAACUCGUUGGUGUUUUAAGAAGCACAACCUUCAGGGUUAGUUGAUGCACUUUAAAAGCAAACAUCAGCAGCUGAGACUUCAUCCUUUGCAAGAAAUCCUUCAUCCUUUGCAAGCCACCCUUUGCAAGGAAUCCUUUUGAAAAACUAGGCUUGUUGAAAUCAAAUGACACACAAAAUAUAAACUGUUAUGGAGUGUGUGAGAUUGAUGGUUUGAAGCUUUAUUUGAAUUAUAGGUGAAUCUUUGGUCAGUUUUUUAAAAAAAAGAUUUCUAGAGAAGCACUGUUCUAAAGAAAUAACAUCUGUGCCUAAAAUAUCCCAGUUAGUAAUGUUUCCAGAAUUAGAUACUGCCUGCUUUAUCCAACAAGUAUCCUGCUGAGAUGUGGGUCAGCAGAUGUGAGGAGAACAUUGCUUUUUAGCAUAAAGGAAAAUCUUUGAAGCCCCAUUUUUAGUAAAACACAGUGAGAUUAUUUUCCAGGCCCCCUUACAACCCAGCCAUUGAAAUCUUUAAUACUGACAUUAUUACUGCUUCAACUUUAGACUGUGACUAAGCUUCAGACACAAAUUACUCAGAUGGGUUUAAUUAAAUGUUGAAAAUGUGAGUUGAUAAUUGCUUGUCUGGGAGUCCUUUUGCCUCUGCAGCUCCAAAAUUCACUGGCUCCUAGUGAGAAAAUUGUGAAUCAUUUAAAUUUGCAGUGUACAUUGGUUUGAAAGUUAGAGCUUCCAAAAUCUGCCGGAUUCCAAUGUAUUACUGUCCAAUCUGUCCAUUUGUUAUUGUUGUUGUUGUUGUUGUUUUUAAAGCUGAUGAAACCAUUUUAGAUGUGUUUGUGAGUAGCGAAGUUCUGCUGAGUUAUCUAGCUAUUGUUUGUAUAGAUGAAGGCUCUCAGAUGCAAAAUUAACAGGCUCUGCAAUCUCCAGUAUAGCCUAUACUACCCUUACCAUAUUUUCCAUAACACAGCCAUUUCUAACAAUGCCCUUCAUAGAGCAAACAGUCCGAACUGGCAGUGACCAUUCUGGUUUGUCAUGGCUUUCACCCUCACCCGUUCCUCUUAAGUUAGCCCUUUUAAAGUAGUGCAGCAAAGAACAAGCUGGUGUCCUCCAGAUGUUUUGGAGAGCAACUCCCAAAAUCCCCCACUCAUGAAUUAUACUGACUGUGGUUAUCUGAUCCAAAACAUCUGAAAGACACCAAGUAGAGUGAUGUGUGAAAUUAGCUCGAAUCUAUAGCUAGGAUUGUGUGUGUGUUUGUGUGUGUGUGUGUUUCCAGCCGUUUCUCUUUCUCCUCAUACACUCCAAUGCUGCUUUUUUGGUACUUGUAGUUCAAAAAGCAGCAGAGGUAUCACUGGCAGAUAGGUGCCAUCCCCCACCUGUGUCUUUGCAAGCAGAAAUGGUGGGGACAAGGCCUUGAAGCUGCCACUUGACAUAACAGUCCAGGCUACUUUCUGGGCUAAUCCAGGUAUCCUGACCUAGUCUGGAGUAACUUCAAAUGCCCAGCUGUAUAUUUUCAUUCAUUAAUGUGAACUACAGUCCCUGUUCUAACUAGAAUCAGGCACUGAGAAUAAUGAAAUGCACUAAUCACAUUUUUGCUCUCGUGGUCAGCAUGAACGAAGGAGUAAUAAUCCAUUCCAUGUGAACUGAGAAACAAGUCUUGUAACUCAUUCACUUAAAUAGGGAUUCACUUAACCAAUCAAUGCCAACAUUAAAAAGUUGAAGAAAAUUCCAGAAGCUGUAAUGACCAAAUGAUACAAGCUUAAUAAAAUGCACCCCCCUCCCCAAAAAGAAAUGUUUUUCCUUUCCGAAUCUUUCUCUAGUUCUGUAAAAAUAGGACCUUUAAAUAGAGUUGAGGAGCCUGACGUGCACAGCCCAUUAUUGACAUCUCAACCAAUUCUUUCACUAAGCCAUGCCAAUGGGGGGCCGAAAUGUGUCUGAUGUUUACAGGGACAAGUCAUCAGUGGUGACUUUCUUGUCAUUCUAAUGUGAUAAAACACUGAUUCAUAAAUGUUACCUUUCAGAUUUUCAGAUGUGGCAUAAAGUAACAUUCAUUUUGGACCAUUCUUUAUGAUACGGUUAAACAGAAAUCUGGCCUUGCGAGCAGGAGAGUAGGAAUGUUGCUCUGGUGCCAUUCUUCUGUCAAAUUUAAUAUACAGUCAUUCUUCAAAAAAUAUUGGCCCUAGGCAAGAGAGCUGUGUAUAGUCCAAUGCACAAGAUUUUUUUUAAAAAAGCCAGAGUUCUACCUCGUGUGUGUGUGUGUGUGUGUAAUAAUUUGUUUUUAUUUUCUUUAUAUUAAUUUAUCAUUAAAAUCAAUUUUUAAAUACAACGGUAAAUAAAACAACCUAAUAAAAUACAUUGAAAACUGAUUUGUGUCUGGCUUGCCUCUUAUAUGUACUUUGUCCUCUGAAAAUGUAGCAAGCAGAUACUUUAAAAAUGUAUUGGCUUUUAUUUACACAAUUGAUUAUAAUUAGUGAAACUUUAUAAUAUAAGCGGUGGUCAGGUCCUGGGAAUGCAGUAAGCAAUUUACACAACUUUUAUCUAACUAGGCAUUGACAUCUUGAUACUUUUUAGGAAUCAUUAACUUCUUAACAGGGUAAUGAUUUAAAAGAAAUAUCUUUCUGUCAACAACAGUUUGUCUAUUUUGGAAUAUUCCCAGGCAACUCUUUUUCUAUUGGGUUCUGGCAUUUUUUAAAAAAGCCUAUUCCUAUUUUUGAUCUGCAUUUAUCGUUCCCAUUCCAAAAGCUAUGUACACUACAUUAUAUCUGUGACGCAGAUCUAUAAUCCAGGUCAGUCUAGCCUCUUUGAACUGUGGUUAUUGAAUGUAUGUCUGUGAUAUCUAUCUGCUCAACAGUAAGUCCUAUUGAGUUCAUUGGGACUUACUUCAAGAUAAAGCAUAUGGCAUUGCAAGCUGCAAUCACUUCCCUGUUCAUCAACUACUAGAAUGACUCUCUCUGUUUUAAAAUAUGUGCUACUUGUGUCAAAAAGAACACCAUAUUUACUGCACAGUUUAACAACAUGAGUCCCACAUUGAUAUAUGACUCUUGGAUUUAAGGUAGCAAUAAAUUAAAUCUGGCUUUUAUUCCUGCUACAGGAAUAAUACAUUCAUAAAGAAUAUGUAUCCUUUAUGUUCUUGUUAUCAGAAUCAUAGUCAGCAGAGGUCAGAUUGCCUGUCUUGAACAUUUCCUUUUAAGAUUAGAUGAUGUAUUGUGAGGGAUAAUGUUUUCCAAUACUGAGAAGCAGUCCUCCUACACUACUGCUAGAUUUUCUUUUGCAAGAGCUCACAGUGUUACAGUAAAGCAGAAAAUGAUUACUGCUACAGAGCAACAUGACUUCAUUGGAGAGGUUGCAACCACCAAAUAUUUGAAAGGCUGGUAUGCAGAUGGAUGAACAUGGGUCUCUGUUUUUCAACAGCAGAUUUAUAAAGCUUUCAGCCACUGCAGAGAUGAUGGUGGUUAUUCUAGGUAUUGAUUAAUAUCAUCUUGCAUUAAUAGACUGGAUGCAUCCUGAUCAUGUGUUGCUUUGUGCCUUCCGUUUUCCUUUUUUCUUUAGCAUUAUGCUUUGGAGACACAUUUAAGUAUUACUGGAAGUGCUGAUGAUGGAAAAUUUUAAUCUGAGCAUAACAGACCUGAGGUCCUUAUGAAUUUGGCAGUCAAUAUUUGCUCUCUGGCUCCACCUUCAAAAGAUCCAUUCACAGACAGAGGGGAAACAGCCAAUUUUACUGGGUCUAAUUAAGUCCACAAAAGUAAAUACCACAAUAAAUGUGCUAAUUUGUUGUUUUUGUCUGUAUCAGGGUAUGAAUAGCAUUCUCACCCUUGUCAUGACCCCUUUCUUUUUGCUAUAAAGGGCACACAAACAGUGCACCCUGUUUUCAAGCUGAAUCAGUUACCGAAGAGGCCUUUUUUUAAGGAGAUACAUUUUUUUAAUUAUUUAUUAGAUUUAUAUCCCACCUUUCUCCCAAAAUGGGAAGCUUUAGAAGUGCAAUAGAAAAGUUGAUGGUGAAGUAAAAGGCAAAAGAUUUGUAUGAUCUGCAGAGAAACCAGGGUCAUGAAACUGGUUUUCAGAUUAAGCGUGUAUGCUACAACUUGAUCGUUUUGAUGUAUAAAACUAAAAGAAGGAAUGCUGAGCACUCUGACCACAUAGUGUUGUAUUAUAGCAAUCUAGUUAAUUUCUUGGAUAUUUGAAGGACUCCUUUUGAGGUGGAAAAAGCCGUUACAUGUAGGCGUUUUCUUUGAGCAUCUACAUGGCUAAAGAGAUGUUCUCAUAUAGAAGGGAGCACUUUGAAAAGGCAAUGUGUUAAUUGAAGAAUAGCCAUUUCUCCACUGAAAAUUGACACAUGGCUAGAUGAAUGGGUGCUUUGAAGCUUCCCAUCAUUAAAUUAUAACUUCAGAAAAAGGCAUCCAAGCUCAAUAGGACUCAUUUUCCAUCGCCAUAUUCCCAUCAGUUGUCACAUGCCUCCUUUCCUGGUAGACGUAGACUCAGUGUCAAAAUCCAAUUCUAUUUCAUCACUUAAAAUUAACUAAAAGGGAAGGAGAAAGAAACCUUCCAUGUAAUGAGGGUUGGGGGAGUCCAUUAAAAUACCAGAGAGGGUUUUCUUCCUCCCCGCUUCUAACUAUCAAAAUACAACAUGAGCUUAAUUUUUAAAGCUUGAUUUUUCCAUUCUACCUUGCCAUGGUAAUGUGCACAAGUGCUUGGUAACAUGCUUGCUCUUUUGGAGGGGGGCAUUCUAUUCUGUAUUACUCACACGCUGAGUCUGAAGGCUGAGUAUAAUACAAAGCAAAGCCAGCACUUUUAGUCUAGCUGUAUUUCCCUUUUUAGUGCCUGAGCAGAUCAUUCAACUGUCACGGCUCAUCUUUAGAAUUUUCCAGUGGUACAUCUACUGCUUAUGUGGUUUUUUUCCCACCCCAUUUUUGGGUUAUUAUUUUAAGUGAAUUUUCCCCUGCUAAGAAACCUGUUUUUUUCCCCUGCAUACCAUGAGAUGCAUCCAGUCACCAGAGAAUUACUCUCAUCUGAGGCCCAUUUGGAAACCUAGCUUAUACGUAUAUGGGCCACCCUGUUUUAAAAUAAGUGGAGUGGCACAAACUAUACCAGGGUGGAACAUGACUCUCCAUAUACUGUUGGACUCCAGCUCACAGCAGCGCUAGUCAGACUAGGCAAUGAUGAAAGACGGUGGCAGCCUUAGUCCAACAACUGCUGGCUUACACAUGCCCCAUUCCUUGAUUAUACAUUUCUUGUUAACUGGAGAAAUUAAAUGAGAGGUUUAUAUUGCUGCCAUCUUACCUUAAAGGUAUUGAAAAGAUGCAGAGUAUUAAGAAAGGUUGAUGUGGUUUCCCCUCACACACAGACAUUUACUCUGAUAUCUGUGUUAGCUUACAGGCCACGAAUAGCCAUGAAUUUGCCCAUGUCAAGUGUAAUACAAGUCUAGUCUAACUCUAAACUUGGUGGAGUCUCUGUCUCUGGAUGUCUUCAAAAAGAAGCUGGGUAUCUACCUGCUGGGGCUGCUCUAGCUGGAGUUCCGACACUGAAUGUUAGGGGCGCUGGAUUCAAUGGCCUACUAUGAGGCUCCUUCCAACUUUAUGAUUCUGAUUCUUCCUUUAUGUUGUUAACUGCCCUCAAGUUGACUUUGACUUAUGGUGACCCUAUGAAUGAGAGACCACCAAGUCCCCCUGUCAUGAAACAGCCCUGUGCAGUUCUUGCAAACUCAGGACCAUGGCUUCCUUGAACCAGUCAACCCAGAAAGUGAUGGAUAGCUAGAGUUAGCUGAGGGAAUCUGACAGUAACUGCUCACUUUGUACAGACAUCAGACAUGAAAGUGGCUUACUACAUGAGUUUAACCAUGAAUGUUGGGAUGUUUUCUUCUCUGUUCAUUGCUGCUUUUCAGUGUCACUACUGCAAACAUCUGUUAAUACAUCAUCAUUGCUUGAGAUAUUACAUUCCCUCUCCCUGUUUCCUCCUUUCAUUGGAACUCAGCUACUAGAAAUGGCUUAGAUCCCAUUGUCCCUUUGCAUGUGUGGAAUUGGUAGGCAUUUUUGUGUGUCUUGGCAUCCGGGUUGAAUCUGCCCAUCUGCAGCCUUUAUGUGCUCAUUGAAAAACCAUUCUAGAAGUUUCACACUGUCUGGAAACUUCUUAGCAGAUAAAGGGGUUGAGGACUGAAAGAGGAAAAUUAGUAUGAAUGUUGGAUCCAUAUUCUGAUGACAAUCAUGGAUAAGGUGCACAAAUAUAACUUGCUCCUCCUUGUGCAAAUGGACCCUUGUCAUAUAGUGUUGGCUUUGGGUCAACAUAGUUGUACUCAACUUCCUCCUGACUGCAGACGUUAAGGGUGAUGAGGGGGAAAUCAGCAGGUUAAAUUGACCCCCACAUGGAGUAAGCAAAGAGAACACAACAAAGUGUUGACUGGACUGUGAAAUAGUGCUGAUGCAUUCCCAAACCUAGCUUUCUGUAGACAAAGUGAAUUGCUUUUGUGAAGCACACAUGUGACACAGUAAGCGCGUAGGUUGUUGAUGUGUAGCUACCAAACCUGAAUUAGUAGCAUGAUUUUAUUUUUAAAUAAAGUACGAUGGCAACUCAAACCAAGCCUGUGCUGUGCCACGGGCAUAUAAGGUGCAUAUAAGAGAAUUAUGGGGGAAAGAGGCUAUGUGUAGAUCUUAAAUGGUGUUUAGUACAAAGAUCCAGAGAGAAAGACAAUGUGGUAUAAUGGUUUUAGCAGACCGACAUUGAAGACCAGAGUUCAAAUCCCUGCUCAGCCAUGAAAACCCAGUGGGUGAUCUUGAGCAAGUCCCAUUCUGUCAGCUGCAAAGCAAGGCAAAGGCAACCUUACUCUGAACAAAUCUUGCCAAGAAAACCCAUUAAAUAUGCUCCUUAGGGUUGCCAUAAGUUGGAAAUGACUUGAAGACACACAAAAACAAGAAUCAGGAGGUGUGUGGAGGAGACAUGAGAAUAAUUUAGACAAAGGUGGAUUCAGCUGGAAGAAAUGUGCAGAAGAAACCUGAAGUGAAGGGUGAGGGGAACUGAGAAGAUUAAGCAAAGGGAGAAUGUUCCACCGAAUGGAAGAAGUUAGGGACAUAUACCCUUUGUCAAAUGGCAUUAACAUCUCCUGAUCAGUUCUAAAAUUUUAUUAUUCUCCAAAUAUGCCUUCCAGAUAUUUAUAACUACAAUCCCCAUAAUUCCCCAGCCAACCAUGGGCAAUAGAAAGGGUUAUGCCAGUAGUCCCAUGCAUCUGUACUUUAGUGAUACUCAAAAGGGUGUUCCAUGGAUUGGUGCCACUCUGAGCCACUGUCUGUUCUCCAAUGGCAAGUUUUCAGAAAAUAAAGGAACAGUUGUAGCACAUGGGCAAAAACAUGAUGCUGGUCCUGGGCAAACUCAGUACAAAACCUAUUGGUCUGCCAAAUCAGAUACGUUUCAAAUGCACUCUUUUACAAUUUGCCUGGAUUUUAAAUAUAGUAGGCUGCAAUGAUGAGGAAAGGCUUUUUCUCUGUUUUUGCAUAUACAAUAAUAUUUAGUAUAACAUUUUUAAUAUUUAGUGCAUCUGCAUCCACAAUGAUCCAAGAUGCAAUAGUGGUCCAAGACAAAGCAAGAAAAGCAACUCUUAACACCCUGAACAGGAGGCUCCUUGAAGAAAACAAAUGUCUUCUUGCAUUAGGAAAAGUGCAAUUGUUCAGGGAGUUUCAAGCCUUGUGUGUAUAUAUGUGUGUCUACAGAUUUGUAGGCUUUAAUACAAUUAAAAUGUUUUGAGUUUAUUUCUUUGAUGCUCCCAAAUGCCUCAGAUUCAAUGGUCAACCAUGCCAUCGUCUGAAGAUUGCAGACAGGCUCUGUGAGAGUCCAGUGCUUGUGUCCUAAAGUGAAAAAAAAAAAAAAGGUGGGUAAAUGUCCUGUGCUGAACCUGGGCAGGUGCUUGCAUAAUAACACCCUCCUGGUACACUGUGGCACCGUUCUUAUAUUCCCUCAGACUGCCACAUAGACUACAGUUGUCAUGUGAAUGGUAGGUAUUACUUGUUUUGACUUGGUCGCUGACAAAUUGCUCCAUCAUGUGGAUCCUUGGUCUAUCUUUAGUGGUUGUGUGCUACAAACCUUAUUCCAGUUUCUGAUUGCCCCCCCCCCUUUCUAUAGGUUAAUUAUUAAUUAUUAGUGGUGUGGCUGGGCAGUGGUGAGCCUUCUUACCUGGGCAGGAGCAAGAUUGAUCCUUACAAUCUGUGUUCUACCCCAAACAUGGAACCUUGCCUUUGGGUGCCAACAUGGCACCCCAAAGGAACCUAAAAGUCACCUUGCUUUUGAAGAAGCUUGUAGGAAGGAAAGAAUGCAUCUGCAAUGCUAGCACCUAGGAUCCAGAAGGGGAAAAAAGAAUUGUAACAAAAUAUUAUUUAUUUUAGUGGAUUUAUAUCUCGCUCUGAUUUCUCUGGGGAUAGUAACUCUUCUCCUGUCAUUUCAAGAACAUGUACCAUCUCCAUUUCCUGAGACUUUCAAAAAGAAAAUGAAGUGAUAGACUGUAAGCUGUCUGGAGCAGUUUAUGUUAUGGAGUGGCAUGCAGAUGGUAUAAAUCAAGACUGGGCAAAAUGUAGCCCUCUAGGUAUUGUUUGACUACAACUUCUAUCAGCCCUAGCCAGCAUAACCAAUGGUGCGAAAGGCUGAUAGUUGUGACCUGAUGACAUUUAGAGAGUUGCACUUUGCCCAAAUAUUUGUUGUGAAUAAAUAAAAAUGCCACCUUCAUAGGACUGGGCUGAAACAAAUGUGAGGGAUCUUGGUCCUCUUUAUGCAAUUUUAAGAUCCUAAUCAAGUGCAAUGUUUGUUUCUUGCCUGGAUAAUUUAAUUAUAGUUCUCUUGAAUUCAUGUGCAGCACCAUGAUAUGGUCUCUCCUUCAUUGCUUUCCGCCCAUCAUACAGUCAAUACAGAAGUGAAAAUUGAAUGGGGCUAUCGUGGGGCAAAACUAUAUUAAAUUCUAUGCAGAACAGCCUGUCUGAAAGGAUAGCUGGAAGUCUUGAAUCUAAAUGUGUUCCUGAGUUAGAGCUUCACUGACACACUUAAAACGUGUGCAUUUUUAAUGUCUCCAAAGGUCUUGUUUCUUCUUCAGAAUGUCUGAGCUGCUUCUCUACAUAGCAGUGAUAUCAAAUGUCAUCUGAAACUACGGGGCCAUUGUGCAGUCUCUUAAGACUAUUUGAGACAGUCCUGUAGAAAAAGUAUGCUGCCCAAGAUUAUUGGCUUUUGUUACUGAAAGCAUAUAUACAGAUGCACCCAGCCAUCAGGGAUUGGUGGGUUGAGGCAAGUUUUCCCCUCAUCUUCCUAAAGCAUUUGACAGACGUACUUGUCAGCUAUUUGUAUGUCCUGUUUCUCUCCAGUCUUCAGGUAUGUUAUGUGUCUAAAAUCUCUGUGUGUGCAUGCACACCUUUAAGUUGCCUGACAACAUGGUAAACCCAUUAAUUUCAUACGGUUUUCUUAGGCAAGGAAUAUUCAGAGGAUGAAUACUUAUUUAUUUUCAAUAGUGGUUCUGUCUACUGCCCCCUUCCUCUCCUCUUGUCAAAAGGCAAUUCCAUUUUUAAAGAUAGGCAAUAUUGCUCUAAGAUGAAAAGUGUGGUUAACAUCUCAGGAACACCAGGACAUCAGUUCUGUGCAUAGCUGCUUGCUGUUGCAGAACACCAGCCAUGUCACACUUCAUAAUAGCGCUAUGAUUCCAAUUUAACUGCUAUGGCCACAUCCUAUAGAAACCAUGGGUUUGUAAUUUGAUGAGACGGGUCUCUGCCUGAGAAAUCUUUAUUUCUCUCUCUCUCUCUAAACUGCAAAUCCCAGAAUUCCAUAGAAUAUUGGAAUUGGCACUUAAAAUAAAAUCAUAGCCCUAUAAUUACAGUGUGAAGGGACUCAGAGUUUUCCCAGGACUAUGCAAGACAAAAUCUUUAGAAAGUGAAGAAUUGUCUUUGAGCCUAUGUUUAUGCAACACAAGUGCAGAUGUGUGAUUCCAGGCCACCUGACAGUUAGCAAAAUGGUUUUUAAUUAAUCAAAAGGCCAUGAUUCAGAAGGCAAUCCUGGGCAUUCACAUGGGCAUACUUAGAAUCCUCUGUGAAACAGAUUCCCCGCCCCCUGUUUGUCACACCCAAGCCAUUCCAAGCAGUUGAACAAAUACUGUGAGUGAAUAUGAAGAUACAUAACCUUAAAAUCUUGGAAAAUCCUAGUCCUAUCAGUUUUCAGGAUCUGGAACAGUUGCUACAAGAGUGUGAGUCCCAACAAAUUUAUGUUUCUUUUGGAUGGGAUCGCUGUUAGCAGAACGUUGCUUCCUAUUGGUUGUUAUGUGCCUUCAAGUUGUUUCAGACUUACGGCAAUCCUAUCAUGGAGUUUUCUUGGCAAGAUUUGUACAGAGGAUGUUUGCCCUUGCCUUCCCCUGAGGCUGAGAGCAUGUGACUUGCCCAAGGUCACUCAGUAGGUUUCAUGGCCAAACGCGGAUUUGGACCCUGGUCUCCAGCAUCAUAGUCCAACAUCCAAACCACUAUGCCACGUGGUGAUGUAAGGUUUUAUCUGACUGAACAUUCUUAUGGUUGGGGAUGCUUAGACGAUGUUCUAAUAUGGAUUGCUCUUUUCCAAUACAAACUUUAAACUUUUUUAUUUUAUCACUACCAAACUCAUAACUGGCCUUUCUAUUCACUCCAGUAAGGCCACCUAUUUCAUCAGUCAGAGGAUCAGCAUUCCUUUCUUAUUAAAUCCACCCUCUCAUCUCCCCUUUUCCUGCUUCCUUAGACAUAUUUGCAGGUCCUUACAGUGAUUCCCUCAAUAUCAGGUGGAUCUUGUUUGGAGUUUCAUGUCCAGAGCUUGGAAAGAUGGAUGUUAAAAUGGCAAUGUGUUGUGUGGUAAUUCCUUCAUGGUUAAUCUGAGCUGUUCUUGUCUGUUCUCAUGCCAUUCUUUGGUUCUAUCACUUGGAAGCAAUCCACUUUGAAGGCCAGUAAGCAUCUUCCAGUUCCACAACAUUGCUCCGAAAACAAAAAACUGAGAAAGCGGGGAAGACUAAUAAACCAAUCUCCUCAUAAUGUAUUGUUUUAAGUACAGUAGUUCUAAGUUCUGUUGUAAUAAUGUGUCCAAUUGGUUUGUGUUUUUUGUUUUAUUUAUAAAUAAAUAGAUUAACUAUUUUAUUUUCUGGUAUUAAAAAGGAUUUUGUUGUCAGUUACCUUAAAUGCUCAUUUGUUCUCUUAAAUGGCAUUUCUACUAAUGUUUCAGUUUGCAGCCUUGGCCAUUGUAUGUAUGCGUGGGUACACACAUUUUUUUGUUUGUGAAGCAUAUGGCCCCUGAAUGGUGUGUGUGUCAGUUAAUACCUGUAUGAUGGUAUAUUCUAUUGCUGUAGGGAUCUUGGACAAUUGCUGUACUGUUUUUCUGAAACUGCUGCUUAAAAAUAAACUAAAAAGGAGAGCAAAACUUUUCUUCUUGGAGAGUUUUAAACUUGACCUUUUUGUGUAUUGUCAUGUAAAAUAAAUAUUCUAAAUAGAAUUAAAUCUAUUUCUCUAGU